GCUUGGAAAUUUUGUCACUUACUGGCACGUCUCUGCCAUCAGAGAGUGGGAGCCGGUGCAGUCAAAUGGGUGGACUAAGUGCAUCAUUUUCUCUCCUUGACGGUUGUGUUCUAGGUGGAGUGCCCGGGGUUAUGACUGCAGCAUCUCCUGCACAGGUUUCUGUUCUUGGUGCAACAAUCAGUUGCUCAUUGCAGGUGGUCUUGGGUAGUUUUAUUGCCAGGGGCAGAGAAGUAUUCGACAACUCAAAAGAGAUGCCUCCAGCAGAUCCUGCAUCUGCACCUCCAAAAGUUGCUGCACCAGGUGACACAAUGAUUUCGAGCAAUCCACCAUCACAAGGCACACUUAGUGGGUUCUCUGGCAUUCCUGUGAGUCCAGCCUUCCCAAAGCAUUGGUACUUAGAUGAUGAAUCAGCUGGGGUGGUUAUUGUGCCUUGGAGAUAACUGGUAUAGUUAUAAUUUCUGCAUUAUUAGUUCCAUGAUUCCUCCUUUUCCGAUUAACUUGUUUGUUUUUCUGACUAUCUUUCUUGCAUCACGUCUCUGGUAUUAUUUUCCAAGAAUAGAUGCCUCUCAGACUAUCAAUAUCACUAUUUUCUACCCAAAUACAUUUGGGAUAUGAAAGUUCAUCAUGCUAAGCCAACUUGUUGCAGAAUUAAAAAAUGAAAAUACCCACAAGUCUGGUAAGGAAAAUCAUGUAUUUAAUCUCCAAAGGAGCUCACCUAAAAUAAGGUUAGUCGAUCCUUAGCUUAAAGGAGAUAUUCCUAUUCAAGUGUUAUGCAGACAUUUACAAUAGAUACCUAUUAUGUAUGUGGUAGUUUAUUAGAAGUCUAUAAGCCUGCUAGGCAUUUGAUGUGGCAUUGUGAAGGAUUAUAUUUUUAUGUCGAAAACAUGGUCAUUGCUUUCCAGUAAUAUGCCAAAUGUAUUUUUCUUUUGUCAAUUUUCAAAUUGGUAUUAGUAAUAGUCUCUUUCAUACUGAAUGCACUAUAAGCUUUGGUAUGAUUCAUUAAUUCAUUGAUUUCAGUAAGCUAAUUAGAUUUCAAUUGUUAAUGCAUAUUUAUAGUUUUUCAAUAAAUUUUUGUACUUUUGAUUGCAGGUUAUGUGAAGAUUUGUAUUAAAUUACAAACGAGAAAACUUUUGUGCAUAUUGAAGAGGUUGACUAGGGCAUUUUAAAUCAAUACACUUACUGUAUUAUACAAAAACAGAGCACUGGAACAAUAAAACAUGAGAAGAAAAGACCAAAAAUACAAAUUUAAAGAUCCAAAUAGGCCGAAUGAAGGGCGUACUGACCAUACCAAAGUGUGUCAUUUGAUAUCUUUGGUCAAAAUGAUAUUCUAAUCCAUGAUCUUAAGUAACCAGAAAAGCAUACUGGAAACUGUUAUUGGUAGGACCUGCAUAUUGACAUUGGUAUGCAG